AUGUUUGCCAUGAUUCCUGUGACUGUGAUCGUGACAGGGCAGCACCUCAUCACCGCCAUCGCGGAUCAGAUGUUUGGAUUCAAGACAACUUCAUGGGAGCUGGGCCGCCAGCGGAGUGUCAUUGAGCUGGACACUCCCUCCGUGACAGCAGAGCAAAUCGAGGCGCUGGAGAGGAGCGUGAACGAGAAGAUCCGGGAGAGGAUCCCCGUGACGGUGAGGGAACUGGCUGCAGACGACCCUGAAGUCGAAAGGGUGAGGAGCCGGGGUUUGCCCGACGACCACGCGGGGCCCGUGCGGGUUGUGAGCAUCGAAGGCAUCGACGACAACAUGUGCUGUGGGACCCACGUGUCCAACCUGAGCGACCUGCAGGUUAUUAAACUCCUUGGCACAGAAAAGGGAAAAAAGAACAAAAUGAACUUGGUUUUCCUGGCAGGAAAUAGAGUGCUGAAGUCAAUCGAACAAAGUCAUAGCACUGAGAAGGCUCUAACUUCACUGCUCAAAAAUGGACCGAGUGAGCACGUGGAGGCUGUGAAGAGGCUGCAGAGCUCUGUGAAGCAGCUUCAGAAGAAUAACUUGAACCUGCUCAGAGACAUGGCUGUUUUGGUAGCUCGGGACUUCAAAAGCCAACCCGUUCGAAGUGAGCUGUUUGUGUUGCACAGGAAAGAGGGUGACUCUGAAUUUAUGAACAUCAUCGCUAAUGAGAUCGGGACAGAGGAAACGCUGCUGUUCCUCACUGUGGGGGAUGAAAAAGAAGCAGGACUCUUCCUUCUGGCUGGGCCUGCUGAAGCGGUGGAGAAGUUAGGUCCCAGGGUGGCAGAGCUGCUGGAAGGGAAAGGCGCCGGGAAGCGCGGCCGAUUCCAGGGAAAGGCCGCCCGGAUGAGCCGGCGAGGAGAGGUGCAGACCCUGCUCCAGGACUUCAUCCGCCACCGCAGCCCUGAGGC